AUGAAAGUCUCAAGGGUGUAUAACUUUCAAUGGGAUCAGUUCAUGAAGUUUCAUAGGAAAACAAGACUGACCUCUUCAGUUACACUUGGUAGUGUCCAAAGAAGGGCACCACUUGGGUGUUUCCCUCCAUCAUGCAUCUUCAGGCAAGUUUUUUACAAGUUGAAGAAUCGGUUGAAGCAAGCUUUGGUUUGGAAAAGGACCAGUCCACAGUAUAGCUAUGAUUUUCGCAGCUAUUCUCUCAACUUCGAUGAUGGCCUUUCAAAUGAACAUAUGCCACCCCGUUUUUGUUGA